UAGGCUUCAGUCGGCACUCGCCACUCGCGCGGUACAACUUUCGUUCGUCCUAAGAUUCUAUUAUUCCUAGGAGCCUUGGUAGUUGGGGCUCGUUUUCACAGGCGCGCGCGCGCGUGCCUCGCGGGCUGCGAGACUUCAAAGUUAAAACUUGAAGAACUUGACAGUUCAGACCAAUUGCAUGCCUCGGUGCGCCCGGGUAAAGCGAGCAGGGACUUUGCCCGAUCCACGUGGCAUCGCUGCUCUUAAUUAUUGGCAUAAUCCGUAGGAAUGCGUGCCAGUGAUUUCUGUGCUCCGUUGAAAAAGUGCGGCAGCAUUUCUGCCGACUGCCAAUGACGCUACUUUGCUAUGAUCAAGUUCAAGACACCCUGUGGGAUUGUGUUCCGUGACGUCGUUGUCCGGCGUUGCUCCUGCGACUGUGUCGUUAACGAAAGUUCAAAGGUCGAAGGACAGUUCACGCUGAGGGACUUCGAUCACUGCCGAUCACUUUGGGACUAUUCGAGACUGUACGGUGGUAGCUCCCAAGAGCACUAUAGUGUCCAAGACACUCGCCCGUGAAAUCGAUGUUUCCUGCGUUCGAGGCUAAUUUCCCUCUUCCCAAGGACCUGCGAGUUUUCGGAACGCCGAGCACGUGAAUCGUCGGACGAAACCGCGCGGUCCGUUUCGCUUGUCCCGAAGGUGUCUCAUAUCGGUGCGAUCCUGCCGGAACUGCCGCCGAUAACGUGCCGUGGAUGGUGCGCGGCUGUUGUAGAUGCGUCACGCAAGGUCUUUGGGAGGAGACGCCGGUCGCGUCUCUCGGGAGAAAAUACAUUGAGAAGUCGAGCUUCGGUCAACGUAAAUAAUAAUACGGAUACCGAAGUGUCUAUGGAAAUGCAGCUUUGACACGUGCAGUGUCAGCUGGCAGAGUCUGCGGGUGCUGAGCAGCCUCGUCGAUGACAAGGAAAUCUUUGCGAAACUGCGAAACUGUUCGAAGCCAGGGUCUAAGGCAAAAGGACGGAUCUUGGGGACGAGUGCAGAGAGUUCGGAGUCGAAGUCGAGACGCCGUCGUGUCCAGCGUCGCCUUCGUCGCCCGUGAAAAAUGGGAGUUUUGUUGAUGGGAGAAGGAACGCCGACGGUUCGCAAUCACAUGAGCUUUAACGUGGCCGUCGUAUCGUCCGCCCUGGCGAGGAACGAGAGCAGCGGGGGGGCGGCCGACGUUGCCGUUGGUGCCGUUGGUGCCGUUGGUUCCAUUGGUGCCAUUGGUGGGCUACAGAAGACGAACGCUAACGAUUUACAAUCGACGAUGAUCGAUCUUGGGAACGACGAAUCGGUGCGCUGGAUGCCGCCGCCGCCGAAAAAAAAAUGGAUACGGCAUUACCUUCUCGAGGAGGAGCCGCUCGAGAAAAGUAAAACGAAUGGCAAUCACUCGAGCGGACUGCGAGAAAGUCCAGUUGUUUCCAGUUCCCGGACGACGCCACCCGUCGCGUCGAUUAUUGCGAAUCCCAUCGCCGGACACGUCACUGCCUUUCACUCCGUCGCCUUGCAGCAACAGCAACAACAACAGCUACCGCACCAGAUACAACAUCAACAGCCGCUGCAGCCUCAGCAACAUCAUCACAACAAUCACAACAGUACACAAAGUCACUAUCUGGAGAAUCACAAUUCGAAUCACAGUCAUGCCAGUGGACCACUCGUGGUUGACCUUGAGAGCAGCCAUGAUAACAAGAGGCAUCGAAAUGGGCCAUGUGUAAUCCGUUCUGGCACGAGAGAGGUGCAUAACAAAUUGGAGAAGAAUCGCAGAGCGCACCUCAAAGAGUGCUUUGAGUUGCUGAAGAGACAGCUGCCGUCCCAAGACGAGAAGAAAUCCUCGAACCUUUCGAUUCUCCAUGCCGCUAUAAAGCAUAUACAGGCUCAAAGAAAGAAGGAGCGCGAUUACGAGCACGAGAUGGAGAGGUUGGCCAGAGAGAAGAUUGCCGCCCAGCAGAGGUUGGCAGCCUUGAAGAAGGAGCUGGCAGCAACUUGGGAUCACAUUGACUUCAACACGUUGCUGCCCGAGCAAAGCUGCACGAUGGAUGCCACGGCGAGGCAAACCUUCUCGGAAAGCAUGGACGUCGACGUUACUGGUCUUGCUCGCGGUGGCACCAGGUAUAGCAGCACCAGCAGCCUCAGUAGCGCAGCAACGGCGAAUUCGCCCCAGAAUCUUCAGACGACGCACACGACGCACGCGGCACACACGACGCACGCGACGCCGCCGAGCAUUCACAGUCAGGCCGCGACGGCGGCCGUCGUCUGUCAGACCCAAGGUCUCAACUUGGCCCAGGGCUCCAGGGAAAGUCCGCCAGCGAGUUCCAGUCCUAGAGCGUCGACGCCAAGUAUUCCUACACCUGCGCAGGAGAAGGUCAACACCUCGCCGACGAUCGUGCAGCAAUCUCAUCUUCAUCUGCCCAUCAGUGCUCAGAUGCUGAACACCAGUCAAGGGCUGGCGACUAUCGUCCCGACGCUCCAGCAUCUCGGCUCCGGGCUUCGGGUUAUACCUGGUGACACGAGGCAACUCCUGGUGACGCACACGACCGCCGGCAGUAACGAGUCCCGACCGCUGACCUUGGCUGUGCAGAGCAGCACCGAUCAGUCCAGGACGCCUCUGAUCGCCGUGCAGUCGAACACUGGAAGCGAGCCAAGGCCCGUUGCACUGGUCGUUCACUCCUCGGCGGCGAACGACAACAGGGUGACGUUUGUCCAUUCGAAUCUGUCCAAUAAUGACAGGCCUUUGGCUCUGGCUGUUCAGUCGACUGCUAGUGAUGUCAGACCACUCACUUUCGUCCAUUCUGGGAACGAGGCGAGACCUCUCGUUCUGGCUACACACUCACCAGCCCUUAGUGUCUCCGCUGCUCAAACCAGGAUAAGAACAAGCGAGUCACAGACGACUCACAAGAUGGUUGGCGGUGUGACUCUCGUUGGUGGUAACGGAUCUGAGCUGACGAGAUUGCCAGGUGGAGCAGAACUGAAUAUCCUUCCGGCAAACGGGUUGACCCUGAGCCACGCCGGGGUGUCGCUGCAAACAACAGCUGGUAAAUCUGGCUCAACCAUCAUGCAGAGUACACCCUCGACAGAAGGAAUAGCUCACAUGGUCAGUCAACAUACUCCGCUGUCCACUUUGACCCCACUGGUCACCCCCAUGACCGUCGUCUCCCAAGGCAGUCAAGUGACGGCCCACAUCCUGGCACCGUCUAGUCUCGCCGGAAAGAUGAUAACAACGCCAAUCCUGAAGUCCGUAGGUCAAAUGCCCCUGGUGAACGCCCAGUAUUUGAACACGACGACACUUGUGAAACCAGUGGUCGUCGUGAGUUCACCGUCAAAUGCGAGCGUCGUCUCUUCGACGCCAGCAUCCAGCAACCAGUCGCCUUCCUCCAGCGCGCACUCGAGCGUCUGACAAAAUCAAAGGAAGACGAAGCUCAUCUGAGACAGGCCAAAUUCACUCCUGCACCUUGCAGAUUGUCGUGCAUUCUCGAAAUUGGGACGCGACGCGAAUCCUUCCCGCCAGUAUGGACGUAGUGAACUCGACUCCUCAGCAUCGUGGAGCCUUCGCAAUGUGUCCGCGAGGAGGAGGCACCUGGAGUUGACGUUGAAUUGGUACAACAGGCGAGAGAGCAUCCCCGGAAUAAAGUCACGAUUCGUGGGACGCUGAAGCAGAUAAAAUCUUGUGAAGAUUUUCAAGAGGUUAUUUCGUUUUGAACGAAAACCGUAAUCUUCGAGAUAUCGAAUGAGGUGGCGUCAGCGGUGGGAUCCACGCAGCUACUAAAGAAGCUUUUGCAAUAGAUGACUGUGACAGAAAGUGCGAGAAGCUACGAAGCUGUCGCCACGUGUCUAACGAUUCUUUUCGCCUAUUAACGAUUAGAUAUUUUUGAAGUGCACCGGCGAUGCCAAGUAGUCGAUAAGACCAAAGUUUCUUGCGUAGGUAGCUAGUUGCGCUCUAUUCGUUGCUCAUUGUUCUAAGGCCUCGACAUAGGCAUCAGUGUCGGUGCUGUUAGCAGGAGGAUGCACCAAUCGAUUGUUCGCGUUUCACUUGUAUUGAGUUAUCGGCAACUUUUUUGAACUUUAUCUGACUGAAGAUUUUCUUUUGAAUUUCGAACGAGUAGAGAGACGCGCGCGUACGCUGGUUGUGCUCUGAGGGACCGAGAGAACCCAAUAUAUCUGAUAACGAAUGUACCUAAUGACCGGAACUAUCUAAGCGGGAUUGAUCUUCGUUUCCGGUUGAGGACUCGAGGCCGUUUCGAAAAUUUCCAAAUGUCAUUAAUAUCUCUAAGUGAAUUCUUUCUUUUUUUCUUCUCUAUUUUGCUAACAUGGAAUCCGCAUGUACAUUACAAAAUUUCUUUAUGGGGUUAUUUUAAUCUCAUAUUCAACUUUCACUUCAAAUCCUUGAACGAUAUGAUACCAAGAAUAUCAUUUGGUAUUGAAAAAUUUUGUUAGCAACCGUUCGAUGAUCAGUCUUCGCAAUUUCGAAUUGGUCGAUACGUAUUAAAUUGGUGAGAUGAUAGUAUUUUGAAAUGUGCCGAUUGGAAAAUUGUUAUUUGAAUUGUUUGAAUGAGAGAGAAAGAGAGAGAGAGAGAGAGAGAGAGAGAGAGAGAGAGAGAGAGAGAGAGAGAGAGAGAGAGAGAGAGAGACAAAAAGAAGUGACGUUAAAGAAGAACAAUUGUCCCGUAAAAGAAAUUCAUAGCGGUUUCUGAAUUUCAUGAUGAAUUUUAGUAUAUAUGUUCUUGAGUGUACAGAUGCGUAUGGAAUCUACGUCGCAUGAUCAUGUGCAAGAGUUGGAAACGACAUUGGUUCUGUUUCAAAAGUUUUCCGGCUAGAGGCGCAGGAAAAAAUAAAAUUUUUAAAAUAGUAAACGUUUAUCGAGAUAAUAAUCAUUCGUGGGUAAUGUAUUAUUGUCAACUAUGUCGUAUUAGCAAUGAUGUCAAGAAAGAAGUUGCAGAGUGAGAGAAAGUAUUAAUUACCAUUAUUUGACCAAAUCAACUUGUAACGAACUAUAUUUAAUUCCUAUCAAUAUGGGUUCAGUGAGGUUUCCCUAUUCUGUAACUUCUUUCUGUGCGCAUGUAUAUACGUAUAUACGACUGUACACGGUCUUCACCGCUGCGAUCGUCACGCCUUUUGUACGUUAGUAUUAUUUUUUCACGUUCGCGUAAUCUCCCUCUUUUUUUUUCCAUGUUUUAAAUUAUUUAGUUGAGCGUCAUCAACUUGAAUCAACGAGGGGUUGUUAUGUUAUAUAUAUACAGGGUUAUUCACGGCAAACCCGCAAUUGACCGUGAACGAAUGAUUUCAUGAAUCAGAGCAGAAUUUCACAUUCUUUCAUUUCUUUAACAUGGCCGCACUGCCUCUCGAUUAACAGAAUUGUUCGAUCGCGUCCAACUUCAGCUGGUGCGUUUCCCGUGAAUAACCCGGUAUACAUAGUAUUACACGAUAUAUACAUAUAUGUGCCGCGCGUAUAAAUUGAAUCGAUUGUUCGAUUUGUACACCCGGCUGUGAUGGAGUCGUCGGUACUUGUACGCAACGGAUAGGGAUAGUAAGCUAUUGGCUAAUUUUUAAAUGCGUCCAAGAACAGAAAGAAUAAAAGGAAGAUAGGAAAAGGGGAUUCACCCUCCAAGAGGCGCCACAUUCGCGGUAAAGAGAAAACCCGUAGCCUGCACUUUCUUUAUAUCUUUGUUCACCCUCGCGCGUAUCUAGUAUGUGCAGGGUGUUUGGUUAGUUAGGAACCUUCCGAGUCCUUUGAUCCUUCGGCCACGACUACAAUGAACUGAACCAAAUAUCCCGAUACGCACUCUUCGACUCCUGCUCUGCCACGGUAUAUCGUCCACCGCUUUCUUUCUUAUUCUUGUCCCCAUCAUCGCCGUUCAAUCCGCCCACUCUUGUUUUCGCUCUUUUUAAGUCAAUAUUAUUUUUUUCAAAAGUCUGCUUUUCAUGUAAACUCAAGCUAUACGUCGACUUUAGUUGAUCCAGAGCAUAGCUGAAAGCGCGCGAGUACAUUUGAAGCGAGUGUGUUUGAAUGUAGCAGAAACAGAGGAGGAAAGGAAAAGCGAAGGAACAAUGAAGUAUGAAAUUGUAAGACCAAGAGAAGAAAUUGUAAGAGAAUUGCGAAUGGAAUGCAUGGUUGUGUGUGCGACAGUUGGCAAAAGAUGAUAACAUGAAUGAAGAGGCGGCGGGCGGCUGGCGGCUGGCGGGGUGGAGGGUGUGGAGCACGAGGCAUCAAAGAUGGCGUUGCGUGUCGGAUAUUAGCGGCGCAGCACGCUUGUAAAUAUUGUACAUGGAGAGAUGUAUGUUGCGCAAAGGGUAGGAAUGCGGAGGGCGGGGAGGGAGAUCGUACAAGACAAUGUGAUAUAAGUAAUUAAUGGAAUUAAUUAACAAUCGUAACGAUUAAGGGGAAAAAAAAAAAGAAAUGAAACGUUAAGCAAUUUCCGAUCGUAGACGUCCGUCACUAACUGUUAUUAUUGGAUUAACGUCGCAGAACACACGUACACACAUAUACACGCAGGACGAUACCCUAAUUGUACAUAGUAUACAAAGAAGAAACUAAAUGAAAUCACGAAAUACAGUUAUAUUGAAUACAAACGAUACCCACGUGCGGCCAAUUUUUACUGUCCCGGUGGAACUGGAGGACGUCACUCGUCACUGCGUCAUCUAACCAUAAGUAACAAACAAAACUACGGCGGCACAGUAGCUAACGGGCGUGAACAGCCGUGAAAGAAUUCUUUGAAGAAUUCGUGUUCCUUAGGGCCAGAGGGUGGUGGUUCCUCUCAAGUGCUGGACUCGGUACUUGUCGGCCGCCAUUGUCCAAUGAGCAACGACGACCAACGGACGGACCGUUUGUAUUUCCCUUUGAUCUCGCAAUGGUCAGUUUCAUGUUUCCAUUGACGUCACUGAAUUCUUUUUUUUUUUGUUUUUUUUUUCCCAUUGCACUCUGACCAAACGUCUGAUAUUCCGUCGUGUCGUUAUUGUCCCGGGCGGUGGGCGGCGGGAGGUUCGGAGUUGGUUUGUUGUUAUCGAGCGAAUUAUUGUAAACCGGGGAUUCCUUCGUUCGAUCUGUAUUUGCUCAUAGACUGAACAGUACAAGAAAACUGCCGUUCAUUCGAUAGCCUUUACUUCUCGCGAAGUUCUCGACAAUGAGAGCGGAGAAUCAAGGGAGAGCGCUUACGCGGGAAGUUCAAACUGGCCAUAAUGCUCUUUCAUUCUUUGGCUUUAUUUCCUUCCGAGAAUACAAAACCGAAAGAGGGAAGUAUCGGUGCCGCCUUUUCGCUUUAAUGAAAUUUAGCCGAUCAUCGAUAAUCGUGCGCGGCACGCCCUGACGAUGUGACAACGGAUUAACGAAUUAUUGAGUGACAAAAUUAAAGGAAAACAUGUCAAUGGAUUAAACGUUAUCCAACUGUUGUUAUCAUUACCGACGUUCAGUAAAAUCGAUAUAGGCUUUUGCUAUUUGCUUCGAUCGUAACUGUCAUUCGAUUCCCUCCGAAUUUACUCUGCCGAACGUCGUCUUGAUGUUACAGGAAGUUAUCUUUUGUUCUGAGCCAGCUGUUCCACGAUACGCGGGAUAGUAAUUGUAACGGUGUACCUACGGCGACGUCACGUUUAAGUGAAUUUCAACGGCGAAUCGCUUACUUCUACGGUGGACCGAACGAAACCCAUGAGAACUCUCGCCUUAAAACGAGAGAAAUUGUAUGGAACCUCAGCUUUCGUUGCCUCGUUUAAACGUACCAAACAAUAGUUUUGCAGAAUUGGCUGAGCGUAGAUGGUAUAGAUGGAGUUCGCGAGCCUACCAUUAUUUUCAUCUGAACUUAAUCAUAAUAUGUGUCUUAUAAUAUUCUAAGUGUUACGAUAAUAAAUUAAGGGAUAAGACAUUAAGGUAUGUAUGCUAAGAGAGUCUUUAACACGGGGCCCAAAGAUUGUGGCUAGUCUUGGCAAGAAAAUUUUCAUCAUUUACUCGAAUCGCCGUACGAUCGUUUACCUGAGUUCCAAUGUUUUUCAUUAUAGUCUCAUAAGCGAUUGCGGUUCGCCUAAUUUUAUUAAGAAAGUACAAACGGAACGCGAAUCAAAAGCCUAUUGAUAAUUCUUUGUAAAAUGAUGGCAGUCGUCUUUGGGCCCGGCUGAUCGAAGGCUCCUCCUAAGUAUCGGUAAUUACGAAUUAAAAAUUAAAUAGCCUCACUGCUCAAAACGUACGAAGCUAGAUUGUCGAAAUUAUCAGGAGGCUGUCGCGUUGGCUCUCGCUCGCAAAGCCUCGCAUAGAGAGAAACGCUCGGAUUUCUAGGAGCGAAGAUCAAAUGGUCGACGAAGCAGCGGAUCGUCGUAGAUGGUCGAGUCAUUGGUUCUGGGCGGAUCUGGCGCGAACCUUUUUUCCUCCUCUGGCACUGCUCCUCGUUUGACGUCACGCGGUAAAGUCAAGCUUUCAUUUGCAAAAUCGACAAAUGAGCCAAACGGAAUCAUUGUUUCUUGGCACGCGAAAGGGAACUAAUAUUUUUUCUUAUUUCGUUGUGUAAGUCAUCGUUGACGUUGAUUCGUUUCUUCUUUUUUUUAGAACCAGGGAGAGGAGGGUAGGAGGAUGACGUGGUUGGUGGUUGUCGCGCAAUUUGUCAACCGUCGUACGCGUACAGUCGUAUGCGUGUGGGUAGAAAAUAUAUCAGAAUUCCAUAUCUUCGAUUUCAGUAGGACGGGACGUCGAGUCGAGUGACGAACGAUCAAGUUGAUUGAAGUUGAUGCAGUGAUUGAAGUUGGUGUUGAUGUUGAGCGUCGCCAGAGUCCAGACGGACGCGUCUCCGAACUGGUGGUCGGUUGGUCCAUGAAAGAUUCGGUCCUGGAAAGACGGUCUCUUCCGGGUCCGUUUUCUUGGCGACAGGCGGAAUUGUAGAAUACUUUUUUACGUAAGAAGAAAGGACGGCGGCCGUAGCGCGGACAAUUUUCGUCAGGCAUGACGGUCCGAAUGGACUGAAAUUUGAAAAUUAUAAAAUGCAAAAAUAAAGUUGUUAAAGAGGCGUCCCUGCGCCGAGUGGAGAUCGGCGUGUAAUUAGCCGGUUAAGAUAGUCGCGGAGUUAUCGUUAAUUCUUUCUUGUACAUUGACUCUGUAUAUUUCUGUAUAUAGGCAAACUUGAUAAUAUUGAUAAAUUUACUAAAUGUCUAUGUGUUAACGAUUACGAUAAGAGACACAGUUACGAUUCUAUGUAAAUACAUAAAACAAGUCUACUUGCUGUAAUAAAAUCGGUAUGAAAAUUUG